AUGAGGAGUCAUUUUCAACUAUCAUUCUUUUUCAAUAUUAUUAAUGGCUGCCAUACAACUACAACAGAUUCAUCAAGUGAUACAUCAUCGUCAACAAUAACUGAACGUAUAAAUAAUCAAGUAAAUUAUGGUUGUAGUAGUACGUCAACAUUAGGUGUUUUAACACAUACUAAUGGUGAUUCACUACGACAUCCUUUACUUAAUAUAUCUGCAACAAAACAUCAUCGACGAUUUUUAUUACGUCUAAUUCAUAAUUCAACAAUAAUGAAUAAACAAGAAGAAGAAUUGAUUAAUGAAAAUACAUGUUUACUUGAUACAAUAUUACCGAAAGAACUCAUUUUAAGAAUCUUUUCGUUUUUGGAUUAUCAAUCACUUUGUCGAUGUGCACAAGUAUCAAAAUAUUGGAAUACACUUGCAUUAGAUGGUUCAAAUUGGCAAAGUAUUAAUUUAAAAAAUUUUCAACGUGAUAUUAAUGGGAAUGUCCUUGAAAAUUUAAGUAUACGAUGUGGAAAAUUUUUAAAAAGAUUAAAUAUUGAAAAUUGUAAAUUUAUUACUGAUCAUAAUAUGGGUAUUGUUACAAAUCAUUGUCAAAAUUUGGAACGAUUAAUUGUUAAACAUUGUGACAAAAUAUCGAAUACUACUCUAUUUUAUUUGAGUAGACAUUGUCCUUAUUUAAAACAUAUUAACAUUUCAUCAUGUCAUCAUAUUGAUGAUCAAGGAAUUAAAAUGAUUUGUACAAGUUGUUCUUAUUUGGAAUCUUGGGAUAUAUCAUGGUGCAUGCAUAUAACAGAGAAUGGUAUUCGAGUUGUAACUGAAUCAUGUUCAAAAUUAACAACUUUUAAAGCUGAAGGAUGUACUUAUAUGACAAAUAAUGCAGCUAUGCAUCUUGGAAAAAAUUGUUCCAAGUUAUUAUUUCUUGAUUUAAAUCGAUGUUCUUCGUUAACAGAUGAUGGUCUUAUUAUAUUAACUCAAUAUUGUCCAUUACUUGAAACAUUAAUUAUUGCUAAUUGUACGAGUUUAACAGAUCAUACAUUAAUAGCACUUGGAAAAUAUUGUCAUCAAUUAAAAAAACUUGAUGCAACUUUAUGUUCACAAUUUAGUGAUGCAGGAUUUUUAGCAAUGGCUCAAGGUUGUCAUUUGUUACGACGAAUUGAUCUGGAAGAUUGUACAGCUAUUACUGAUGAAACAAUAAGACAUUUGGUUGAUAAUUGUCCAAAUAUUGAAAAUUUCACUCUUUCUCGAUGUGAACAAAUUACAGAUGACGGUGUUCGUUAUAUUGGUUCGAGUGUUAAUGCUCAAGAAAAUCUUCGAGUACUUGAAUUAGACAAUUGUCCAUCAAUAACAGAUAUAUCUAUAAAUCAUUUACUUGCUUGUCAAAAUCUUCAACGUUUAGAUAUAUUUGAUUGUCAACAAAUAACAAGAAAUGCUGUUAAAAGAAUUCAAAUGCGUUAUCCACAUUUAAAAAUUCAUGCUUAUUUUGCUCCUCAAACACCAACACCAACACCUCAUCAAACAACAACAUGUUCAUUUUGUUGUUCUACAUCAUGUUCAGCUUGCGUACCUUCAUGUUGUACAAUCACUUAA